AUGUCAACACCGAUAGGGACGCCAGUCACGCCAGUACCUCGAAUAGCACUGCCUAACCCUCACUUUCGCAAGCCGAGCUUGUCGUCGACUGUUGCGCAGCAGGACACAUUGAGGAACAGUACUAUCGACAAUGUACCAGUACCUGCCAUACCAAAAGAGCAUAGGAGGACGGAUUCAGGAUAUGAGAUAGGACAGGCAGUCACAUCCUACUCGCCCAUCAAUGCAACAGGCUAUGGCUCACCACCCUCCUCAGCUGCUCACAAGUACGCUCCACCACCACCCUCCAGGCCAUACGUCGCUUCGCCACAGCUCAAGUCGAACGACUCUGGCUACCAAAGUGGUGGCGCCGAGUCAGCUAAAUCACCUGUCGUACCCAUCAGAUCCAUGUUUCCAGUGUACAACCCUUCUAUGCCACUCCAACAGCAGCAUUACUACCCUCAACGCCCAAUCGCACUAAGAACAAAGUCGUCUCAGACACGUAUGAACAGACUAGAUUAUGCAUCGCCAGUUUCAGCUUGGACACCAAUAGAUCGAGCUCUCGGCCCUCCUUCUGCCCCGGCAAGUGUUGCCAACUUUCCUCUUGACGCUUUGACAGCUCGCACAUCGACCCUAAAAGAGUUGCACGAAUUGUGGGAAGCCACGCAUGGUAUGGAACCAAAUCCAAGGAUAAAAUCUUAUGACCUAGAGUUGACGAGGACUGAAGAAGCCAAUUUCUCAUUUGGCUCAGAUCCACUACUGCCAUUCUAUUCCCUAAUCACCUACGACACGAAUGAAAUUGCUUUGAGCAAGACAUCUCCACGAAAACAGACAGUCAAAUGUGAAAUCUCAAUCAACAGCAUAGAACCAGCUUCCCGAAGGUCACCACCGAACGAUGGACUCAUCACUUUCAUCUUUCCAAGAAUGGCUGCUAUGCUCGCCAUCAAUCAAAGCACAGCACUAGCAAAAGAGCAUGGCUUAGCACCAACACAUCGUGAUGAAGUACAAGCAGCUGCUGUCAAGCGAGCGGCAGACCAGGAAGCUUGCAAGCUAAGAUGGAACGCUCGUGCUCAGCAUUACGAGCUCGAACAUCCAGCAGUCGGAAGAAAACAACGAGAACCUGCCUUCGCCAAAUCUCCAGAAUCAGCACGUUCACCACCAAUGACCGGAGCUAGACCCAUCCUUGAGAUACACGUUUCUAAAUCGACUGGUCGAUCGUUACCCGUUAUCACUGUGGCUAAUCCCAAAGCCUCAGACCUCGAGUCGACAAGUGAACCUACUAUACCCGGCAUACGUAUGUCUACCAUCCCACAAUCGGAACACAAUAACGAUCUAGUCAGUCUUGACUUUAACACAAGGAUGAUGCACAUUAACGCUCAUCAAAUUCUCGAACACGUUCCGUCUCUGUUCGCAAUAGACGCUAUCGUCUCAGCUCUACUGACAGUGGCCAUCGCCGACGAGGUGACCAACCCGAUCAUGGCGGCUAUGGAAGUCUGGCAGUCCAAACCUCAACGAGCAAUAUCACAAUAUGGUGGUAGUGUAGCAGGAAAAUCUACAGCCGGCUCCGUAUUUUAUGCCACCCUUGCAGAGCGCGAGGACGCUGAAGCCGAAGCCCGAGAACUUGCAACCAUUCACGAACGGGAUAUCAAGAACAAGGGGCGACGCAAAGGCAAAGAGCACAAGAAGUGGUUCGGUAAAACCGCGAGAGAGCCAAGAUCCAAAACCAAGAAAGUUGUCGUAAAAGAGUUUGAUCUCGAAAAGCUCGGACAAUACCAAACUGGUGAGCGAAAGGGCCAGCAAUUACCUAGUGGCGUAAGACUUAUCCUCAGCGUUAUGGUUGGUGGACUCAGGUUUGUGGUCUGGACAUUAAGUAGUGUUGUGCAUUUCCUGAGUUGGCUGCUGGUCUCGAUGACGAGGUGUUUUACGAGCGAGAAAUUCUGA